ACGUAACGCGUCAAACUCUCCCUUCUCCACGAAUAAUACUUUUCUCACCUUUUAUUUUCUUCGAUUCCCCCAAUUUAUUACUCAAAAUCUCCGAUUUCUCUUCUGUUCACAAAGAAAGAUCAACCCUAGUUUCAAUUCUCACAGAGAAAUGGAGAUUUUAUCAAUUCCUGAUACGGUUAACGUUAUGUUCACCCCCACCUCACCACAAAAAAACCUAGGGUAUUCUAAAUUCCUAAUCAAUCGCGAUUCGUAUUCAAGGAUUUCAUCAGGACUCUCACCGAUUGACGCAAUCGCACCACCGAUCGUUAGGAGAAACUUGUAUAAAUCGGCACCUCGGACAUUAAUCAGAAAAAGAAGCCGAACUAGGAGAAGAUCUUUAACUGGUAGUGAUUCUGAUGAUGGUGGUGACGAUGGUGCUGAAAAUGGGUUUUUUGGUGAUGAUGGUCCGUUUGGUGGGAGUGGAAGUGGUGGUGGUGGUGGUGGCGGAAGAGGGUGGAGUUAUGGUGGUGGAUCAAAUUGGGAUGAUGAUGAAGACGAGGAACUGUUAGCAUCGGCUGAUCCAGCUUUUGAUUUUGUUUAUGAGGUAAUUAGUUGGAUUGUGCUUUCUAAUUGUGUUCAUUUCGCUUUUAAGAAAGUUGUGAAUAUGUUUAAUGAUGCUAAUGAUGAUAGUACUACUUCGUCUAGAGAGAAAGUAACAGUUUCUGUCUGUUGAAGAUGAUGAUGAUGCUCAAUAAUUAGGGCAACUCAAAACUUUCUCAAAAUUGGGAAAAGUAUUUUGGGAAAUUUGGCGAAAUCACAUUUGUAAAUAUAUGUAUAUAAUUUGGUUUCGGUUUCUUUCUUAGUUUCAAUUCAUGUAAAAACGAAGUAGAAGUAGUUUAUUAUUACGUUUUAUAAGUUGGAACAUUCCAACAAUUUGAUUAAUUUAUACUUUGCAUUCGUUUUA